AUAGUCUCAAUGAAUUAACUUGUAAACAUGGCGGAUAAGGCUGUCCGCAGCAUAGGCUCUGGUGAUCAACCAGUUCCUAUGAAAUUAUUUGCUACAUGGGAGGUAGAAAAAUCAACGCCGAAUUGCAUACCAAGACUUUGCAGUCUUACACUGACAAGACUGUUGGUUCUCCGUCCACUAGAAUCAGAACUUACAGCACUUUUGAUUGCUGUGAAAAUGCAGAAUUCCAAGCGUAUAUUGCGGUCUAAUGAAAUUAGAGUACCACCAGGUGGUCUGUUGGAUACUGAUUUGGAUCUUUCUUUUUCCUUACAGUAUCCUCACUUUUUGAAGAGAGAUGGCAAUAGAUUACAUGUCAUGCUUCAAAGAAGGAAAAAAUAUAAAAACAGAACAAUCUUAGGCUUUAAGACACUAGCAGUUGGCCAAGUGAACAUGUCACAGGUUCUUCAAUGUUCAAUGGACAGAGAAUUAAAUUUAUAUAGUGAUGUUAAGGAACAGACCAACCCUGUUGCUAAAUUAGUCUUGCUUGGACCUACUAGUCAGCCAGUAGACCAGGAUAUUAAUCUUCAUCGUAAAAAUGCAUCCUCUGAUGUUGAUCGGUCACCAGAUAUAGAUAAUGACAGUGAUGAUGAUGAUGGUCCAGACUAUAAUGACUACUCCUCCAAUGACGACAUGAGCGACAGUGAGCCUACCAUGACAGAACAUGAAGCAAGAGCCAGACAGAGGAAACACAGUAGAUCAAAAGCUAGACCAGCUGUCACUCAACGGAACAUCAAGCAGAAGUUCAGAGCUUUGUUAAAGAGGUUCAAAAUUUCAGAAGAUGUGUUGACAACUUUGGAUUCUGAAGCUGACCAUGAUCAGAUUCCCAACCCUCAGGAACUGGAUGAUUUAUUUGAUGAGCUGGAGGAUUCAGACAGUGGUCCAGAGCUUGAUACCAUGAGUGUUAUGUCAACACCAAAACCUAAGCUAAGACCUUUUUUUGCUGGAAGAGGUGUAACUCCUGAGGCAUCCGAGCAACCAAAAGCAUCAUCUCAGGAAGUUUUCCGCACGCAAGAAGAGACUCCAGUAAAAAGAAGUGAUUCUGAUCUACAUACAUGGCCACCAGCCAGCGAAUCUUCACCCCGUCCUCAUUCUCCCAGGCCCAAGAGUAAAGACUUGAAUAGGGAACGAAUCCGCAGCACUUCCUAUAGAGAGAAGAAGAGCAAGAAGGAAUUUAACCAUCAGCGUAGAAGUAGUGUUGGUGAAGAUGGGUCACUGCCUCGUAAAGCUUUACUUGAGCAGCUAAGUGUUGUGUUUGACAGCACCGAAGAUUAUCUCCCAGAGUUUAUCUUUAUGGUCAACACUUGGGAGUGGCAAGGUCAAAUGCUUGUCCAAAAAGUGCAAGACAGACAGCUGCGCUUGAUUUGCACCUGCUCAGAAGCUGAUGUUAAAGCUGCCAUUUGUUUUUUAGUAACCAAGAUUCAGAAAUUUUGUAACAGUAAUGCCAGAACACCAGCACCUAUAAAAGUUGGUGUGGUUGGUGGUGAUGCAUAUAUCAACUCAGUAUUACGCCCCUAUGUGGAACAUUUCUCUGGCAAGUCACCAGAUUGGCAAAACUACCUCAAGUUUCUGGUAAUUCCAUUUGGUCCAAGCUCAGUAGGCAAGUACAUUGCUAGUGUUGACAGCACUUAUGGGUCCCUGUUCCUAGAUCAACAAUGGAAAGAUACUUUUGACAAACCAGAAUCUCCCAAACUAGAUUCUCAAGAUAUUAUCAACAGAAUUUCCAAAUACAUGAAUGGUGCUAAUAGUACACAUCAGAUGCCUAUUGCAGAAGCUUUGAUUAUGUGCAAAGGCAGAAGCUCAGAUGAAGUGUCUUCUCAAAUGUUUAUCCCUUUCUUAAGUGAGGUAAGAAUAGGAACUUUAGACACAUUUAGUUCAUCGGUCGAAUAUGAAGAUAGUCUUCCUCCAGUUGGCUUGUCUAGUUCUCCACCUGCAUCCACCCCAGUCCUUGAAAAAACAAAAGAUGGCCACACACCACCCAGCUCUCCAAACAUAGGAGCAUCUGUCAUGUCUCCUCCUACUAGUAACUCUGGGACAGGGCUUGCUACUCUUUCUUCCCCGGCUGAGUUCAUGGAUCUACAGGUCGACUACUGGGUUAUUUCCCCUCCCAAGUCUGACAGCUUGGACAAGAAAGAAAAGAAAGAUAUGAAUAAGUGUUCUCUAAAGACAGCCUUCAGGGCUUUAUAUGCCAAUCGUCUUCCACACUCUGGUGGCAUUCAGUCAGCUACAUUUUCCUUGAUGGUGGUGACAAAAGAGAAAAAACAAAAAAUUAUGAGAAUUGGUAAAAAAGGUAAAGAAUUGGAAUCAAAAAGUCAAGCUAUAGAAGGAGUCAGCCGUAUGGUGUGCACAUCUAAGAGUCAAAAUGUCAAACUUCGAGUUCUUGUGGACGGUGUGGAAUGGAGUGGUGUGAAAUUUUUUCAGCUAUCUUCACAGUGGCAGACACAUGUGAAAAACUUCCCAGUGGCUGUGUUUGGCUCAUUAGAUUUGUAGAGACUUGUUGCACCCUACCAGUUGUGUUCAUGUGGGGCCUGGCAUGGUUCUAGACUGUGAUAAGUCAGGCACAUCCUGCAUCUUCUAGUCAGAGGCUUCCUCCAACCCAGAUACCUUCAGUUGUAGUCAUUAGGAGAAGCAGUUCUGUAGGAAGCAUAUACUGAAACAAGUUUUCACUAGAUUCUUCAGUCUCAUCUGCACUGAAAAUUAGUUGUAAAUAUUUUAGCUUUUAACUCAAUUUACAAUGAUAUUUUUUAAUUUAAAGCCAAACAUUAAAAUCAUUGCUUUUUGUUUCAAUUAGAUGUUAGUUAUUGCUGAUUGUCCAGAAACUGCUAAGUGUUUCAUUUGAUUGUGAUUAUACAUGCAUGACAGUGUGCUGUUGUUAAAUUCUCUAUUUAAUUGGCUGCAAGAAACGUGUUGCCAGCAACUACUUGUGGAUCAAAUUUUUUAAAUAUUGCCAUGUGUACAUUUGAUUUAUAAAGUCUGUAAAUAUUUUUUUCUAUUGAGCCAAGUGCAAUCAGUUGAGUACUACAUUGUUUUAAACUGAAGGCCAGAAUUAAAACCCAGCUUGCUGAUUUAGCAAACAGCUUUGUAACACAUUUGAUGAUGGCAUUCAGAUUGCUUAUUUCAGUCAAGCAGUGACAACUAUAAAGCAGCUAUUGUAUCACCACAGGUUUUCAGUGUGUGAAGCUUGCACACAGUAGGGAAUAUGUCUGUCAACAUUUUGCCAGCAUGCACUUAUUCUCUCAUCUGUGCUUUAAAAAGCAAUACCUUGACUCUAAUGUUGUAAUAUUGUACCUAGGAGCCUACCUUACCAAAAUGAACUAAUGUAAAUCUAUUCAUUCAAAUUUUCUUGCUCCAAAUGGACACCUGCCUAAAGUAAAUACCCCAACCUAAAAUUAUGAUGACAAACCUUUUACAAGUGCAUUGUCUUUGCAGUGACAACUAUAUGUGUAAGGACAUUAUAUUCUCUUGUGUAAAUGACUACUAAACCUUAGUGUGUUCAGACAUUAUUGUCUUCAACAUCUAAGCUGCUUCCCAUCAUGUUGACCACUUGGUGCACAACUAAUGAUGGGAAGAUUCUCUCUACAUAAAUACUCAUCUUUGAUAAUCAAAAACUUUUUAAUCACAUUCCAAAUUGAGUGCUUUAAAACAUUCUCUUCCUCAGUUUUUUUUUUUUUUUUUAAAUCUUUUUAUUGAAAGGAACAAAACAAGACUUGCGUAAAUCAAAUCUUUGCUACCAGUCUUCCUGGCCCUAUCAGUGGCUGCCAUCCCUGGCCCAGUUUGGUGGCUGAUUGCUACACUUAUUUUGGGGUGCCUUGUGACAAGUAAAUAGAGAUUGUUGGGUAGCUUGAUGUAAUAAAUGAUUGCUUCUGAACAAAAGGUUGGAACUAUUUGUAAACCACUUUAUGUUUGCUGUUAUAUAUUCAGUGACAUCUGUAAUUCUGUUGUUUAUUGGCUGGUUUUAUUGUUAAAUAAGAUAAUGUAAUUGUUUGAAUACAUUCAAGAAAUCCUUCCCAAACAGUCUUACCUAUGGCUUUUGUUGACACUGCAAGUACUGUAGAGCAGGUGCAGUGGUGCAAUAUUCAAGUUGUGUGUGGUAGAUGAUGUUAGAGCUUAUGUUGUGGGUGGACAUCUACUAGUUGCUAUCUUUGUGACAUUUUUUGUCCUCCAUUUAAACAAAUAUUAAAGAGCAUUUGCAAUAGU